UGUAGAGCGUGAGAUAGAGGUACAACUAGAACGUUCUCAAACUAAAACUUUGUUGUGACUCUACCUAAUAAAAGAAAAAAAUGAUCGUGUCCCCCGCCGGCGCACUUCGUUGCUCUUCUCGCCCACGUCGAGCGAUCGCGCUCGCGUCGCGUACUCCCAGGAGCUUUUCGAGCACAGCAUCGCUAAGGCCUUCAUCAACAUCAUUGCAAGAGCGUGCAAGGCCAGAUGAGGUGAGAAACCUAACGAAUGAGGAGUCGUCUCUUCCUCUAAAUGAGCAUGCUUUGCUCAUUUUUAGUAGUGGUCUCCCACCAAUAUCAUCGAGCUCGAAAAGGACGAGGACGAUUGCAAGAGGAGAUGGUGACAAGAAUGAAGGCGUGGAGGAUCCAGAGGCAGCUGCCGUCGCCUCCGCUGCAGCGUCUGGAAAGCUAGUUUAUGCUCUUGCAGGAAGAGGCCAAGGAGGAUCAGCGUCUUCAUCGAGUCCAGUUGUCCUCGAAGGUGCGCCAACUUUUGCAGCGUUUACAUCCAAAGAGGUCACCUUGGCCCUCGCAACGUUGAACGACCCAGGUCGAAAGCAAGAAACAAUAGCUAUCAUUCGCAGCUUGGCAAAAGCCGCCACUCAAGAAACCUCGAUAAUCCAAACUGGUGGUGGAGGACAGGAGGUUUCUGUUUCUAGAGCGGAUUUACUCAUACGACUGUGCAAAAUCGGGAAUGCGAUUCAAUUCUCGUCUCCAGGUUCAUCAUGGUCAGCACAGGACAUCCUAGCUUGCUUACGACUCUACUCGGAAGCGGGAUGCCUAUGCGUACCGCUUUUUCGGAAGGCUAUGAUGCAGUUUCUGCGGAUGGAUAGGAUAGAGAGAGAACAAUCGUGGGAAGAAGCAUAUAGUUCUUCAAGUUCUUCUGGUUCAUCUUCUACUGCUGAUCUUGUUCCAGCAGAGGCCGAACAUCAUAUUAAGGCUCAAAACAAUUAAUUUCUACAAGUUUUUUCUUGCAGUUUCCUUCUUGGGAUUCUGAAAAAAUGCAGGCAAGAAAUGAAUCGUUUUGAGCUCUAAUCAUACCACCUGUCGUGAAACAGCAACAAGUGCAACAAGUUCCUCAUCGACAACAACUUUGACCAGCAUAGACCAAGAAGAUCCUGAAGCCCUUCUCUAUCGACGAUUUUCAGCACCGUAUUAUCGUCGAUAUUUCAGCGUGAACGAACGCGUUGCACUGCUGCGAGCAUUAGCAAGACAGCGGGCCCGCGUACUAGUGCCACGUCUAGCAAGGGAGUUUUUUCCACCAGCUCUUGUAGAGACAUCUUCUAGUGCAGAUUCAGACAUAAUAUCAUCUGCUUCAUCUGCAGAAGUUGGCCUCUCUGUGGACCAAGCAGUCUCAAUCCUCGAGUCUUGCUCAUUCUUGAGGAUGCCAUUGCCUGUAAGUGCGCAAAAACGAGUCAUGAAUGAGGUAGAGAGGAUUCGUGUUCGUGAGCUGGAUGAAAGCAUAGUCGAUAGAAACUAUGAUGCGGGAAAAGGCACAUCUUCUUCUUCAGACGACGCUUUCCUCAUAGAUGUUAUGUAUCACACACUAACGAGCUACCAUUCCCAACCAGGUAUGAACGACCUGCCGAAUACAGAGAGAGUGCCUCUUAGACGUAGGGCACAACAACAUCAACUUCCCGCUGCUGCUCAUCAUGCUCAACUACACGAACUUCUGAGUGUCGAAUACAUUUUCGAUACUGUUCUCCCGACGUUUGCUAGAAGAUGCGCCAUUAUACCAGAACAACUAGUACCUGAAGAAGGAACUCCAUCGACAUCGUCUGCAUCUCCACUUGCCAGUCUUUCUCAUCUUUCUCUGCGUCGCGCAAAUGUAGUCCGAAGCAUCAUAAGGUACCUGCACCCUGAGUUUUUGCAAGAGAUGACGAACAACAUGAUGAAGCAGGACCACGAAGGAGGACUGAAGGAAGGACGAGGAGAAACAGCGGCAGACCGUGGAGCAUAUCUUCAUGUUGAGAAUAAUAUGCAGGUUAUAGAACAGGCCUUGAAGCGAAUACAUGAAGCCUGUAGUGAUGCUGAUAGGUCGAGCAAUGCUACUUCGACUUCCGCUAGUGAGUCAGAGUCCAUAUCCGCGAAAACCUCCAGAAGCUGCAAUAGCAAAAUGGAACUGAAUUUCAAGCAGCAAGUAGUUCCAGGACCCCGUUUCUUGUCGACUGUGGAUUGGUCACUGACAAAGCUUCGUAUCGCUCAUAGCGUGUCUCAUCGGAAAGGACCCUUUUUAAGACUCAUCGGAAUGAAAAACAAAAAGUUCUUCAAGUACUUAUAAUUUUUCGAUGUUUAUUAGUUGUUUAUAAUGAAGUAGAAGAUUUUGUGUUCCAACUACUGGACUAGGCUUUUCUACAACUACCUUCUUGUCUUACUGAGUAGAUGAAGUUGUUUGAGGCAGAAGAAUAAGUAAGAGGAUAAGAUGGAAGAACGAUCAUGAGUAUCUCUGUGUAAUUGGACAAUGGGCUGGUGAGAUAAUCAAGAUAUUUCUUGUCCUCAUUUGUCAAGUAAGCAUGUGAAAGCAAAGACGGGCAGCAUGGAAAAAGGUUCCGACGCAUUCUAAGGGUUAUUGUCGACUUCGUCGAGCGAGAUCGUCGUUGCGUCUACCGCUGCCUACGACAGGAUCAGUGGCUGGCAGAGUCACUGCGUUUUACGAUUGCGCCGAAAGUCGUAGAGGAAAAGACGCUGAAGGCGAUGGGUUACCGCGUAAUCAACAUACCCUACUGGCAUUGGAACAAACUGCAACUUCUUAUGUUGAUGAGAGGAAAAUCAUUUUUGAUGUUUUUUUAUCAAUUUCAUCAUCUUCAAACAUGAUAGAAGUACUACUAGUAGUACGACAAGAGAUUCUUCAGAUUAAGUACUUAUGCUGUACUAGAGGGAUCAAGCAUGAUUUUUCUGCAAGUAGCUGAUUGUAUGUAAGAAAAGACUCAAUCUAUAUCUAAGUACUUGAUGAGAAGAUACAACCUUAACCAAGUAGAACGCCUUUCUCCUCAACGAGGACCCUCUUCAUAUCCCGCAAAACGCGCAUAGAAUAUCUUCGCAUGAGCCGAUAUCUCGCGUUGAUGGAUCCUAGAGGUCGGGACGGGCUAUUGCAAGAGCGGUCUUACGUCGGUGAAUUCUUUGGGCCUCGUGACGUUCCUAAAACACCCAUGGGUUGGUUUAAACCCAAGGAAGCUAGGCCGUUGGCGGAGUAGAUGACGAAGUCACUGUCACUCAAUGGAGCAGAUCGACAGCAUUGAUGCAGACUUCUCUGUGAUUAUAUCUAAUGAAGAGGCAAAAUUUCUUGCAAAAAUGAAAAUCUUCUCUGAAAAAUUUACUGUAUAGGAUGUUACCAAUGUAGUUGUUCUUCUACCUUUCAAGCUCCCUGCCAUCAACAAGGUCGUCAACA